AUGUUCAAAGGCAUCCUCCCUUCGAAGAGAGUCGUUUCUUCAGACUUUACUUUUCUAACAAGUCUUGCCGUAGAUGUUCCGGCAGGCAAAGAAAACCAGCCGACAUCUGGUCUGCAGCAACCCCAGAUCCCAGCCACAAAAGUUGGAAAGGUGGGUGCUGGGAUCAGUAAGAAGAAACGGGGGGACGCGAAGAAAUCGAAAGAUAUACCGUCGGAGGUCCCAGAAACAAACCAGGCGUUUGAUAAACUUCUGGAUGAUCUCCAGAUUCCUGUGACACUACGGCCCAAGCUAGUUGGGAUGGACUCAACAGUAAAAGCAGCUAUGCUCAAAUCUUCCCAAACCAUGGCUAUUGCUCCUGCGCCAGAACCGUCUCCACCCCCUACUACACCUCAUACGAGGGGCUUGCGACGGGCGCACAGCAUAGAGUCAUUCAAUUCACCCCAACAUUUUGUCGCUCCCAUAGACUAUCUUGAACCCCCUCACACAGCCGGGUUCGCGGGAACCUACGUCUCCGCCCUGCACUCUCCGUAUACUGGCGGAACGGGGAUAAGUCGGCAAGGAAGCAGUCACACCCGUGGCCUUUCUUUCGAUGCCCCUCGGUUGUUUUCUAAGAGUCAGGUUCACCUUCCAUCAUCGACGUCGACCGUGGACGUUAGUGCCGGUGGUAGACAUGCAAAGGAUAAGGCCCCAGCCCUCAAGAACCUUUCUCCCACCAAGUUCUGUAGCAUUCUUCAGAGCCAAUCUAGCACGGAGCUGGAUGUUGAAGACAUCAAGAAGCUAAGGUUGCUUUUGAGGAACGAGUCAGCCAGUUGGUCACAAGAAUUUCUGAAACUCGGUGGAUACUCGGCUUUGCUCACACGGCUUAACGAGAUCCUCGAGGUUGAAUGGCGGGAAGAACAACACGAUGAUCAAAUCCUACACGAACUUCUGCGAUGCUUCAAAGCGUUGUCCACAUCUUCAAUUGGGUGCUUUGCUUUGCGCAGCUCAUGCCCCACUCCGUUCGUUCAACUCGUGUCACUUUUAUACUCUGACAAGAAACCUGGCGAAGUUGCUACCAGACAACUCAUCGCCGAUCUCCUUUUAAUCUUAUUUGAGCUCUACCCACCCUCGUCCCUUCCAUCUACUGGCACAAAAGGUGGUGCCUUGCUGUCCGGCCGCUCUCGUCCCCAUCGAGAGGCUUGGGAAAGCGAAAGUUCCCUCGUUACCUCUAACCUCAUCAGUCUUCCCCCACCCCACAAAUCAUUCUUUUCUCUUAUCCGUGCUCUUCUCCUCACGCCUGCCCCACCUCCCUCUGAACGUCCAGGAGUUCCUAUCUCUCCCCACGCGUUUAUCGAAUCACUUCACCAACCUAGGAUUUAUAAGACAUACUUGCAAGAACUCUCGGACCUCUGCCGGGACUACUUCUGGGUCUUUUGUCACCCGACGAACACCAUCUGGAUUUUAGCUGAGACCGACGAAGGAAGGGUCGAGAAGCCAAGAGCACCAGGUGGUAUGACGGGCGGAGUAGAAUUUGAAGCCAUGGGCUACUUUACCACUCACCUGAGGCUCAUAAAUUCAAUUGCCAAAUGCGUCGCUGAUCUCAACAUGCUCAAGGACCACGACCAUUCGGCCCAUCGUUUCCACUCUGACCUCUUCCUUUCUGGCCUGGAGCGUAUCAUUCUGAUUUCACGAAAAGCUUCGACGACGUACUACCCAACCCUGCACCUUGAACUAGCGAGAUAUAUCUCAUAUGCCUGCCGUGCGGGAUAUGAGCUUCCAUAUACCGUCUCGCGGCUCAUCGGCAUGCCACCGUCCGGACUUUCGAAGAACCCAGAACUACGAUCGGGUCGAAACACCCCCGCACGCCCACCUGGUACACCAACGAAACGACACUCAGGCGCGCCAGCGUUGCCUUCGCCAAUUAAAGUUGAGCCAAUCCAUUUCGAUUAG